GUGGCUCUACGCGUAUAUCUGACCUCGUGUCCGGUUCCGUUUCAUCGUUAUUCGUCGAAUAUACGCGGUUAUGAAAGCACGGCCAUCUCCGUGUUUUGAAAGACCGGUGUGUGUGGGCGGGGCGCUGGCGCAGGGGGCGGAGCCGAGCUGUCUGUACAAUGGCCCGAUAUGUUGACUGAAUAACCCGCCAUCUUGUUGUGACUCCUCUACGUGCGUGGAAGAGUGACUUCAAGGGGGAUCCAGUCACGUCUUUCCUUUUUAUUUUAUUAUUUUUUUUAUAGACGAGAAGAUUGGAUCCCGAGCAGAACCGUUUGAAUCUAUCUAUUUAGCAUUUUUAAUUCAUUUCUCCGAUCGUUUUGGACCAUAACAAGAAGCGGAGAUGAGUAUCGAGACGCUUUUAGAGGCGGCGAAGUUUUUGGAAUUGCAAGCCCUGCAACAACAGAAAGCACGUGAAGAGAAUGAGCUCCAGGAAAGACGGCGUCGUGAGCAGGAGGCGGAGAAGCGGAGAGCAGAAGUUAACUCCUACACUCAGCCCAUUCGAAUGAACCAUGUGACCUGGGUGGAGGAGUCCGGCCCUGAGCAUCGCCACAUACCUGCCCCCGCCCAACCUCCUCCCCUCCCCCCACUGCCCAUCACGGUCAUCCCCAUCCCGGUGGUGUCCUCCACUCCGCCCGCUCUGCCCCUGCCCCCCACCACAGCUCUCAGCCCGUCUGCAGCGCCCCGCCUCACGCCACCCAGAAAAGACGCCCACUCGCUGCCAAACCAGCAGGCGCUUCUCCAGCACCCCCUCAUCUCGUCUCAGGUGAAGGCAGAGCCCACAUCACUGCCUCAGUCCAAUGGCAACAAACCAGCCCAGCAGGUCCAGACCUACCCGGGCCCCAUCGUCGCAGCUUCCCAGCAUGCAAUUCUCCCUCAGCCUGGAGCUCCUUCAGCCCAAUCCAGCCCUGCAGCCAGAGGCAGCCCGCCGGAUGACCACCGUAAUUUGGAUGGCAAGAAGAGACCUGGAGGGGCAGGUACGAGAGAAGUGCACAAUAAGCUUGAAAAAAACAGGCGUGCUCACUUAAAGGAGUGUUUCGAGACCCUGAAGAAGAACAUCCCCAAUGUUGAUGAGAAGAAGACCUCCAAUCUGAGUGUUCUGAGAAGUGCUUUGAGAUACAUUCAGACUCUGAAGAGAAAGGAGAAGGACUACGAGCAUGAGAUGGAGCGUUUGGCGCGGGAGAAGAUCGCCUUGCAGCAGAGACUGGCCGAGCUGAAGAAUGAGUUGAGUCAGCGGUUGGACGUGAUUGAGAUCGAACGUGUUCUUCGACAGACUGUCCAGCCAGAUGAUGACCAGGCCUCUACCUCCACUGCCUCAGAAGGUGAAGACAACAUUGAUGAAGAUAUCGAAGACGAGACGCUCAGCGCCUUACCCAAAGUGCCUGCUGCGCUUCAGCCAGAUUUAAAGAAGUCCCGUCCUGUGUCAUCCCUCAUAACACAGCACAUUCCCAUCCCUCACAAACCGUCGAAGACUUUACCCCCCAUUCCCUCAGCUCAACUCUCCCCCAUCGCCGCAUCCGCUCCGAUCUCAGCUCCCGCUCUGACCUCAACCUCAGCACAGGCUCCUGCCGCCCGGGUGGUGACCCCACAGACACUACCUCCAGCUCAGACCCAUAUAGUGGCCGCGGCCAGCCUGCAGCCUUCCGUCAUCGCCCACGCCGGAUCGGCGUCACACGCCUCUGUCAUUCAAACGGUCAACCGCGUGAUCCAGCCGGCCUCCAAGCACGUGGCCCACAUCGCUCCUUCCUCCUCCAGCUCGGUGCAGCUGGCCCCAGGACCUCAGUCCAUUAGCCACAUCACUGUCGCCCAUCUUCCGGCAAUCUAUCCACAGCCCGUCACAGUCACACAGCCGGCGGUCAUGAGCCACAUCGCACAAACACUCUCCCACAGCCAGAUGAACGGUACUUCGGCGACCAACGCGCAAGCCAAGCAGACACCGGUGGGCGCUCAGAUGGUUACCCAUCACCCUCAGCUCGUGGGCCAGACCGUCCUCAACCCUGUCACAAUGGUGACCAUGCCCUCCUUCCCAGUCAGCACGCUAAAGCUGGCCUGAAGCGCUGACGUACGGACCCCCAGAUAGAGUAUAAUAGACACUUGCAGACCGGUCUGCCCCGUUUGAGACUGCCGCCACAUGCAGCACUGCAUUCAAACGAACUAUAAAGCUAAAGGACUCAGUACAUUCCAAAUGAAAAGAAAGUAUAUAAAGACGACACAAAGAAAUUUAUUGAAUGUCUAAUACUAUAUAAUGAAAUAUAUAAUAAAAGACAAAAAGAGAUGUUUUAUCUUUAUGUGUGGGCAAAGACAAAGUCUAGAGUGCUUGUGUGCUGCUCGGUGUGCUUUAGGCUAUAGUGAAUUAUGAUGAAACUGUGGUGCAAUCCCAGCCUACAUUGACUCUCAGCCAGCCUGAUAUGUGUGACUACUGGUUUAAAUGACUUAAUGAAAAGGCAGCCCCCAUAAUACCUCACACUAACUCCUCAACUAACAGCACACCUCAUGUGAAGACUCUUCUCAGCUCCCGCUAGACCAGGUGUCGAAUCUUGAACCAGUUCUUGGAAAGAGAGCUUGUCGUUCCAGUCUGUUUGACUUUCCUUUUUCUGCAAAACACGAUCAUGGACUGUUUUUGACAGUUCAGUAGAAGUCAGUGGGGUUUAAAAUCACACAGAUCCUGUUACAGACUUUCAUUGUCUGGACAACAACAAAAAAAAACAUUUCAAAAUAGCUUCUUUUGUGUUCUGCAGGAUAAAGAAAGUCGUAAAAGUCUGGUACAACUUGAUGAGUGAUUUUAUUUUAUUUUUAUUUUUUUUUGUGAACUGUUGCUUUAAAGUCAAUUUACCUGGUCAGUUUGGUGUCUCAUUUUACCACUAUAGUUGAUGCAAGAUGUAGCAUCAUCACUGCACUGGAGAAAUGAUUUUCUUAAUAUUUCUGCUAUUGUUUUUUUCAUUUUAAAUAUUUACAAGUUAAAUAUUAAUGCAUUUACUUAAGAGUUAACAAAUUAAAUGUAUCAAUUAAGUGAACGUAUGAUUUAAACAAGAAAAAAAUAGCAAGAAAAAUCUUGUUUCCUUAUCAAUAAAGGCUCCUUUCUUGCCUCACAUAAGCAUAAACUCACCGAACUUUGAUACUUCUGUUCAGAAAAAAGACUUACUUAAUGUAACAAGCCAUUUUAUUUUGCUAUUGAAUAAACGUGUUGAUUUAAAAAAAAAAAAAAAAAAAAAAAUCAAGAAAAUCAUUUUUGCAGUGUAUAAUAGUCAAUCACGACGUUGACUUGUACGUCGACGGCAGGAGCGUAUGUGAGUUGUUUCUGUUAGAAAAUAUCUUUUUACAGAGUUUACAUGAUUUAUCUGUAGUGCUCUAGCUGGCAUAGACACUAUUGUGUGACUGUCACGUGAGUCAUGGGAAUCUGACAGGAGUGCCUUUAACGUUGUCAAUCUGGAGUCCUGUUCAAUGCUGCACAGACGCCCCCUAUUGUUCUCUUGCUGCACCUGCACUCUAAGUUAUUCACUAACAGAGCCACCUACUUAAAUCCAGCUCAGUGGUGUAUGAACCAUAUUAAAUAGCCAUUCGUUUGCAAGGGCGCAAACAUUGUACUGGAUGUCAUUGCGAAUGUAUUCAAACACAUUCAAUGCCUUCAUCUUGCCACUGGUGAUAAAUGUUGGUUAUUAUUACGUGCAGGAAAUAACUGCAUGGUCAUUUUUAAUGUAGCAGAGUGUUAAAAUUAAAUGCAUUUGUGUGUUUGUGUAGUGAAUGCGUUUCUCGGUGGCUUUGUUUUUUGUGUUUAGUGACUAGUAAUGCGGCAGUCGGAGGGUAGAUCGAUGUCACCUUGCGUUCCUGAAAUGAACUUACUUUAGGCUUCAGGAAAGUUGUAAGAGUCUGAGAGACGGUGGAGGAUUAAUGGAUGGGAAGGUGUCUGUAUCGAGCCACGUUGACCGCUACACAGUUCUGCAGGUAGAGCACAGCUUGUAUGUACAGAGAGAUUUGAUUUAAAACGAACACUGUGAUCCCUGUCGGUUGUCCCAGUAAGAGCAAAGCCAGGUUUACCAAUCACACUAGCAUUAUGUUUCGCAAGAGUCCCUGCAUUUGCUUCUGUAAGUGUGUGAGAGAAAGCUCAUUCAUUCAUUUUUUUUUUUUUUUUUGUUUGUGUAGUGUACUCACACUAGAAUAGACUUAAUUGAAGUGGCUGUUUUCGCAUGUAGAUGGAUGAUUCUUGUUUCAGUGCUAAUGUUUUGAAAUAUGUUCUUUUCAGUUUCUGGGACCAUGUACAGUUAUAUAUAUAUAUAUAUAUAUAAGUUGGGGCAACUUUUCAGACCUCUUUCCACACUGAUAUUAUAUAUAUGCGUAUAUAUAGAGUGUGUUUUCCCUAUGGAGAAAGUUCAAAUUGUAUAUAGCCUGUAAAUUUGGGGCUUCGUAUAGACCUAACUGUCCAUUAUGUUGUAAGAGGAGCAAAAAUAAAUAAAAGAACAAAUGUUGAAUAAAAGAUAAAUCUUGAUACAUUUA